AUAUAUAGCUGGGUGCGUUUUAGGAAACGCGUACCUGGCGUUUAUUUUUCCUAAGAAAUGAAAGAGAAAGACAGGCAGGGUUUGUAAGUAACAACUGACCCGAGUCAGCACCUUUCACGCAGUAGGUUGUCUUGUCGUUACCAUCAGGAUGAAUCCCUCCUCCUGCGAUACGUUCGUCGCCUUGCCUCCGUCUACAGACGGUCAACGAAUUAUCUUCGGCAAAAACUCAGACAGACCCUGCGAUGAGGUACAGGAGGUAGUCUACUUCCCUGCCAAGGACUACAGUCCAGGAGCAAAAGUAGAGUGCACAUACAUGGAGAUAGAGCAGGCGGCCCAUACCCAUGCUGUAGUGCUGAGUCGCCCUGCCUGGCUCUGGGGAGCUGAAAUGGGGGCCAACGAGCACCAAGUGUGCAUCGGAAACGAGGCGGUGUGGGGGAGAGAAAGCACUGAUGAGGAGGAGGCACUACUGGGCAUGGACCUGGUCAGACUGGGUCUGGAGAGAGCAGACAGUGCCGAGAAGGCAGUGGAUGUGAUAGUGGAGCUCCUGGAUAAAUAUGGACAGGGAGGUAACUGCAUGGAGGAUGAGUGCACGUUUACCUACCAUAACAGCUUCCUCAUAAGCGACCGCACCGAGGCCUGGGUGCUGGAGACCUCUGGGAAAUACUGGGCCGCAGAGAGAGUACAAGACGGAUAUCGUAAUAUUUCCAACCAGUAUUCCAUCACCACAAAGAUUGACAAGGAGCACCCAGGGAUGCGGGAUUACGCGCGGGAGAGGGGCUGGUGGGAUGGCCAGGUGGAAUUCAGUUUUGCGGAGGUGUACUCCUUCCUUACCAAAGGCCGGAUAGAGGCCUCCGCGAGCCGCUACUGUGAAGGACGCCGGCUGCUGGAGAAGAGCAAAGGCCGCAUCAGCGCGCAGACCAUGAUGGACAUUUUGCGAGACAAAGAGAGUGGCAUAAAUAUGGAAGGCAUGUUUAUGACGACCGGAAGCAUGGUGUCUGUGGUCCCCAAGGACUUGUCCCUGCCUGCGGUCCACUUCUUCACUGCAACACCUGACCCAGAAAGGUCUGUAUUCAAGCCUUUUAUCUUUGUGGCUGACAUAAAGCAGCUGAAACAUACGUGCUCUCCAUGUUUUGGCGAGGAAGACCCAGUUAAGAGGAAGCCUCGCUUUAAGAGCAAACCCAUCCGUAAACAUCCCCUGUUUGUAAAGCACGAGGUGGUGGCUGCCAUAAUAGACAGCACAAGGGAGAGAGGACAGAGAAUUGUGCAAAAGAUGAGGGAGCUGGAGAAACAGAAGGUGGAGGAAACAGAGAAGUACCUGAGUGCAGGUGUAGAAGACGCCACGGUGCUGGUCCAUCUGUUCUCAAAUACUGUCGAGGAAGAGUUCAAAGUUUAUAGCAAAGCCUGAAUCAGGCUGAGAUAUUAAUUUGCACACUAUUCUAAAGCAAGUUAUUCUUCUAAUGUGUUGAAUUAUUUUAAUAAAACAGGUAUAACUACAUGUUCUGAACAGUAUAAGCCAGGUUAGAGAAUGAUCACUUGUGAAAGGAUCUUAAAAAUUGUCAGUCCUGUGAUCCAGUUAGGAAAGCUUGUGAACAACCAUCAAACACCAAGCACCAUUAGUGUAAUGUUCAAAGAACACAUAAUAUUCUUCUGUUUUUGGGUUGUGGAAGUGUUUCCAGUAUAUGAUACACAGUAUCCACCACUGUGAAUAAAAGCAGGAGUUGCAGUUUUGUUAGGGACUUUCAUAGGUAAAUAAAUAAAUGAAGCUGAGUGGAUUUGAAAAUAUAGUUUAUUCACUAACCAAGUAAAAUAUUACCUAAAGUAAACAAUGCCAGGAGCUCUAUAACCUUAAUGUAAAACCUAGAGUACAAAGUGCAUGAUCUGCAUAAACUAAAAGUACCAAAAAAUAAUCUUGUGUAUUUCUCAGUAUGUCAACAUGUUGAGCUGUUACUACAGUGCUUGACUACCUGUUAACCUUCUAUAGGCGGCUGGGAUUCACUCAUUUUAUCGCAUCAGUUCAGAUGAUAAACAGUUUACCACAGCUUUGGCUUUCAGGAUAUAACAUUGACCAUUAAAGACUACUGUGGAUAACCUAAUAAGGAACAGAGCAGUUUUUAUUUUGAGUGUACAUUCUUUCCUUUACAAACCUUUCUGGAAGGCCUCAAGUAUAUUUUUAAUGUUACUGUCCAAUGGAAUUUGUAUAGACCAUCUCUAUUUAGAUAUUUUAAACACUUUGAACACAAGGAUUCAUCAUUUGUUCCAAAGACAAAAACAGACCUGAUGGAGUAAUAAAACAGUAUUACAUUAUUAA